CUCAUGAGAGCAGCUGCCCUCCUCUCCUCCUCAUCUUUGUCUCAGUUCCUCCUGAGAGGAAACUCCCUGUGUCACAGCAGCUCAACAUGUUUUCUUUCUGCGAAUAAACUUGGACUCUACUUGAAAAAUGCUGCGGGUCGUUGUUGAGUCCGCCAGUGGGAUCCCCAAAAAGAAACUAGGGAACCCAGAUCCGAUAGCUACGGUUACCUUCAGAGAUGAGAGGAAGAAAACCAAAGCGAUUGAUAACGAGUUGAAUCCUGUGUGGAAUGAAGUGCUCGAAUUUAAUCUGAAAGGCUCCUCCUUGGAUCCAUCCUCAUUCAUCAGUGUGGUGGUGAAAGACUAUGAAACAAUUGGCAAAGAUAAACUCAUCGGUUCGGCAAAAAUCUCUCUGAGAGACUUGGCCAGUGGUCAGACGAAGUCCCUCCCAUCCAAGAACGUGCCGCUGAUCAAUGAGAAGCAACAGGCGACUGGGGCAACCAUUGAUUUGCUCAUUAAGUAUGAUCCACCUAAAAACAGCGCACCAAACCUGAAUGAGCAGCCAGAUGGAAACAUGGCUCAUAAUGUGGAUGAUGGCCAAAGUGAUGAGGGUGAGGAGGGAGAAGCACACAUGCCCACCUUGCCAAACCAGCCUGGAAGGCACAACAACAAGCCACUUCGUGUGAGCCGUAAGACGCACAGAGCCCUGACCACCAAGCCUCAGGACUUCCAGAUCCGCGUUCGGGUUAUCAAGGGUCGACAGCUGCCCGGCAACAACAUCAAGCCAGUGGUUAAGGUGAACACAUGCGGACAGACUCACAGGACUCGAAUAAGAAGAGGAAAUAACCCGUUCUUCGAUGAGAUGUUUUUCUACAAUGUCAACAUGCUCCCAUCAGAACUGUUCGACGAGAGCAUUAGAAUUCGGGUUUAUGACUCCUUCUCCCUAAGAUCUGACAGUCUAAUGGGAGAGUUCAAGUUGGAUGUUGGCUAUAUUUAUGAUGAACCAGAUCAUGCCAUAAUGAGGAAAUGGCUUCUCCUGAGUGAUCCUGAUGACUCCAGCUCAGGGGCCAGAGGUUACUUGGAAGUCAGCAUCAUUGUCAUUGGCAUUGGAGAUGAGCCACCGUCUGAGAGGAAAGAAAUAAGUGAGGAGCAGGACGACAUAGAAAGCAAUCUUCUGGUGCCAGCUGGUGUCACAAUGCGAUCGGCUACUCUGAGCCUUAAAGUCUACCGUGCAGAGGAUAUGCCACAGAUGGAUGACGCCUUUGCUCAGACUGUAAAACACGUCUUUGGAGGGGAUGGAGACCGGAAAAACUUGGUGGACCCAUAUUUGGAAGUCAGCUUUGCUGGGAAGAAGUUGUGCACCAAAACCAUUGAGAAAAAUGCAAAUCCAGAGUGGAAUCAACUCAUCAAUCUCCAAGUCAAGUUCCCGUCCAUUUGUGAGCGCAUCAAGCUGACUAUGUAUGACUGGGAUCGUCUUACCAGGAAUGAUGCCAUAGGGACAUCAUUUUUGAAUCUGAGCCAGAUGUCUUCCUCCGGUGGAGAGAUUGACGCGAGCACCGCAGAAUCAGAAGUUGGUUUUCUUCCAGCUUUUGGUCCUUGUUAUGUCAACUUGUACGGUAGCCCCAGAGAAUUCACUGGCCUACCUGACCCAUACGAGGAACUCAACUUUGGCAAGGGGGAAGGGGUUGCAUACAGGGGGAGGGUCCUUGUUGAGCUGUCCACUCAGCUGGAUGGAAAGAUCGACCAAAAUGUUGAAGACAUCCCCUCUGAUAAUAUCCUGGUGGCUCAGAAAUACCAGCGCAGGAGAAAGUACUCUCUGUGUGCCGUGUUCCACAGUGCAUGCAUGCUCCAAGAGCCGGGGGAACCAAUUCAGUUCGAGGUCAGCAUCGGUAACUACGGCAACAAGCUGGACUCCACCUGCAAGCCCCUGGCAUCCACCACCCGGUACAGCUUUGCUGUGUUUGAUGGUAAUCACUACUAUUACCUUCCCUGGGCUAACACCAAGCCGGUAGUGAUUCUCACAUCAUACUGGGAAGACAUCAGCCACCGCCUGGACUCUGUCAACGUUCUCCUCUCUGUUGCUGAGAAACUGGAAUCCCACCUCACCUCUUUAAAGACAGCCAUCUUAGCCAAGAUGCCAGAUCCCCGUCUGGUAGAGAUUUGGCUAAAACUCAUAAACCACAUGAUUGAGGAUCUUAAUGGUUUGAAGCUUCCGGUGAUGGAGGGCCAACCCAACGUGACUGCACUGGACCUCCAAAUUAAAAAUCUGCGUGAUGCUGCUGUUGCCAAUAUCACACAAAUGGCCACUCGCAUGAGAGAAGAGGCCACAGACGUUAGGGCUACUGUCAGUGACAUUGAAGACUGGUUGGACAGAAUCAAGCAGCUGGCAGAAGAGCCUCAGAACAGCAUGCCAGAUGUGAUCAUCUGGAUGUUGAGACGAGAGAAACGCGUGGCUUUUGCCCGAGUCCCAGCCAACCAGAUCCUCUACUCCAACUUUAGCCAACAAGCCUGUGGCAAACACUGUGGAAGAACCCAGACCAUCUUCAUGCAGUACCCCAUGGACAAAAACAAAGGUGUGAAGAUCCCUGUUCUUCUGCGGGUCAACAUGUGGCUCGGUCUCUCUGCCCAUGAGAAGAAGUUCAACAGCUUUUCAGAGGGGAGCUUCAGUGUGUAUGCUGAAAUGUUUGAGAACCAGGCUCAUGUGCUUGGAAAGUGGGGAACCACUGGACUGGUCGGCCGCCAUAAAUUCUCAGACGUGACUGGAAAAGUGAAACUCAAACAAGAAUGCUUCAUGCCACCACGAGGAUGGGAAUGGGAGGAAGACUGGAUUGUUGACCCUGAGCGAUGCCUGUUGACAGAAGCAGAUGCCGGCCACAAAGAGUUCACAGAUGAGGUUUUUCAGAACGAGACACGGUUCCCUGGUGGAGAGUGGAAGCCUGCUGCGGAGCCCUACACAGACGUGAACGGAGAAAAGGUUCAGAGCCCAGCAGAUUUCGAUUGUCCUCCUGGAUGGACCUGGGAGGAUGAGUGGAGCUUUGACAGCAACAAAGCUGUGGAUGAGAAAGGUUGGGAAUACGGGCUUACCAUUCCUCCUGAUGAUAAGCCCAAAUCCUGGGUUGCAGCGGAGAAGAUGUACCACGUCCAUCGCAGGAAGAGACUCAUAAGACCAAGGAAGAAGACAUCUGAAAAAGUGGCUGUUGUUGAACAACGAGAAUCAGUUGAAGGUUGGGAAUACUCUUCCCUGAUUGGAUGGAAGUUUCACAGGAAGGAGCGCUCCACUGACACGUUCCGCCGCCGCUGCUGGAGGAGAAAGAUGGUCCCGUCAGAUUGCAUCGGUGCCUCCGCCAUCUUCGGACUGGAAGGGGCAUUAGGGAUUGAUGUUGAUGAGAAGGUCAGUAAAGCGGAUGCAACCAAACGAUUUGGUGGCAACUCGCCCACUGUUUCCUGCCACUUUAGCCAGUCUUACAUUUACCACCUGAGGGUGUACGUGUAUCAGGCGAGGAAUCUCUGUGCCAUGGACAAAGACAGCUUCUCAGAUCCCUACGCUCAUGUGUCAUUCCUGCAUGUGAGUAAGACCACAGAAGUUAUUAAGACCACUCUGAACCCCACAUGGGACCAGACUCUCAUCUUUGAGGACAUUGAAAUCUACGGAGACCCACAGACAAUCGCUCGCAACCCUCCGGAUGUGGUCUUGGAGCUUUAUGACAGUGAUCAAGUUGGCAAUGAUGAGCCUAUGGGUUGCUGUACGUGCCCCCCAGUGGUGAAACUGAAUCCCGGUGUGGCCGUCACCCCGAAGCUACUGUGGUUCCCAGUCACCAAAAAGGGUUGCAGUGCAGGGGAGGUUCUGCUCGCUGCUGAGCUCCUGCUGAAGGACAAGGCUAAUCAGGGAGAUAUGCCCUUGGCCCCUCCUCGAUGGGGGGAGAAGCUCUACAUGGUUCCCCAGGGGAUCAGGCCUGUGGUGCAGCUCACUGUGGUAGAGGUCUUGACUUGGGGUUUGAGGAACAUGAAGACCUACCAGUUGGCCACAGUUUCCUCUCCCAGCUUGAUUGUGGAAUGUGGUGGAGAGAUUGUUCAAACUGCUGUAAUCAAGAACUUCAAAAAGAACCCGAACUUCCCUGGAUCUGUGCUCCUGCUCAAAGUGCUCCUUCCCAAAGACGAGAUGUACACCCCUCCCAUUGUGCUGAAAGUAAUCGAUCACCGACCAUUUGGAAGGAAGCCUGUCGUGGGUCAGUGCACCAUCGACUGCCUGGACAAGUUCCGCUGUGACCCGUAUCAGAUUAACAAUGAAGUCUGCAUGUCUGCUAGAGUGGCAAUGAUCGCUGCUGCCCAGGGAGAUGUCAUCAUAAACAUUGAGGAGAGACCCAUCAUGACAGCUGAGCUCAAAGCAGAAAAGGAGGAGGAGGCCGUAGACUGGUGGAGCAAGUUCUUUGCCUCUAUUGGAGAGGAGAAAAAGUGUGGGCCUUACAUGAAAAAACGAUACGACACAUUGCAGGUGUACAAAUGUGAACUGGAGGAGGUUGAAGAGUUCCAGGGACUCACUGAUUUCUGCAGCACUUUCAAACUUCAGCGAGGAAAGACUGACGACGAGGAAGAAGAUCCCUCGGUGGUGGGAGAGUUCAAGGGAUCAUUCAAGAUUUACCCACUGUCAGAUGAUCCAGGGGUGGCAACGCCAGAGAGGCAGUUCAGAGAGCUUCCUGAGAGCGGGCCUCAGGAGUGCCUGGUCAGAAUAUAUGUUGUCCGCUGUAUUGAUCUGCAGCCAAAGGACACAAACGGCAUGUGUGACCCGUACAUUAAGAUUGCACUGGGGAGGAAAACACUGGAUGACAGAGAUAACUAUAAACCAAACACCCUUAAUCCAGAGUUUGGGAGGAUGUUUGAGUUGUCCUGCUUCCUGCCACAAGACAAGGACCUGAAGAUUGCUGUGUAUGACUUCGACUUACUGAGCAGAGAUGAAAAAGUGGGUGAUACGAUCAUCGAUUUGGAGAACAGACUCCUGUCUCGUUUCAGGCCCCGCUGUGGCCUGCCACAGACGUACUGUGUAUCAGGGAUCAAUAAGUGGAGAGACCAGCUGAAGCCGUCUCAGAUCCUCGAGAACACGGCCAAAGUGCGGGGUGUUCCUCCUCCACGCACAGAGGGAGAUGGCAGCUCGCUGACUUUCUCAGGAAAAGAAUACUACCUGCGAGAUUUUGAGGCAAACACUGUGAUGCACCAGCACUUGGGCCCAGACAGAGAGAGACUGGCCCUGCACGUCCUCAGAAACCAGGGCUUGGUACCAGAACACGUGGAGACGAGAACCCUGUUUAGCUCCCACCAGCCCAACCUGACCCAGGGACAAAUUCAAAUGUGGGUUGACAUUUUCCCCAAGAACCUCGGUAUGCCAGGGCCUCCGUGUGAAAUCACUCCACGCAAACCCAUGAAGUACUCCUUGCGGGCCAUCGUUUGGAACACAACUGAAGUAAUUCUGGAUGAAACAAACAUCAUUGGAGAAAACAUGAGUGACAUCUAUGUGAAGGGAUGGAUGCCAGGGAUGGAGGAGGACAAGCAGAAGACCGAUGUCCACUACAGAUCCUUGGACGGUGACGGAAACUUCAACUGGAGGUUCAUCUUUGGGUUUGACUAUCUGCCUGCGGAGCAGCUGUGUGUUGUCUCCAGGAAAGAGCACUUCUGGAAUCUGGACAACACUGAAUUUCGGAUUCCUCCUAAACUAAUCAUCCAGAUAUGGGACAAUGAUAAGUUCUCCCUGGAUGACUACUUAGGAUCAAUUGAACUGGACCUACUCAAUCUGAUCCCCCCGGCUAAGACCCCAGAGAAGUGCAGCCUGAAGAUGUUGCCAGAGAUGUCAGGGUCAGCCCUCUCAAAGAAACCUCAACCCAACUCGCUCUUUUCUCAGAAGUCUGUACGAGGCUGGUGGCCAUGUGUGAUGGAGCAGGACGGGAAACAUGUGCUGAGUGGGAAAGUAGAGAUGACCUUGGAAAUCAUAGAGGAGAAGGAGAAGGAGGAGAGACCUGCUGGGAAAGGAAGAGAUGAGCCCAACAUGAAUCCCAAACUGGACCAGCCUAAUCGCCCCGACACGUCGUUCCUCUGGUUCACAAACCCUUGCAAGACCUUGAAGUUCAUAGUCUGGCGCAAGUUCCGAUGGAUGUUUAUCGGAAUUAUUCUUCUUCUGUUCGUGAUGUUGUUCCUCGGGGUUCUGUUCUACUCUAUACCUAAUUACCUCUCAAUGAAGAUGGUGAGGCCUUACUCUUGAUGAGCUUCCGAAGGAGCUGUUUGUCUUCCUGCAGUAGAAUCUUCAGUAUUUUUCAUCAUCGCUGUCCCUCAAAAAUAUGCAAUAAUUUUUUCUGCUGAUGUCAUAGCAAGCUGAUAUCCAUCAUUUUCUCUAAUAAUCAGAAGCAACUGUUUUUGUACUCUCAGUAUUGCACUAUAUGUCCUUUCAUAAUAAUCUCUCUAAUGAUCAAUUUCAGAAAAUAAAUCAAGAAUGUCAAGAAUCAUUUAAUUAGUUUUGUAUAAAGAAAUUGUUUAUAUGUUGUUGUAUUUUGCUCUAGUGUUGUUUAAUGCUACAGUUUGGUGAGAUAUAUGAAGCUUUAUGACAAUAAAACAACAAACAAUCAAUCAUAACAUGAGCGAUAUCCAUGCUAAAACACAUACUUUAAAAAAAUGAGUUUUUAAAAUUAACUUUAUACAAAAACUCAAACAGACACGACAUAAUAGCAAAUCAAUUGAGUCACAUAGCUGCCAAAAAUUAGGAACUGAAAGAGUAAACAAAGAAUAAAAUCAAAUAUAGGUUUACUAGUGUCAUUUGAAUCAACCAAAUAUAAUCAAAUAUGUUUCAGGCCUUUAUUUUAGUUAAUACUGAGCUCAAUUGUUGUGAUGUGUUUAAUUUGCUUCAUUUGCUUCAAUUUUUCCUCAAACUCAAAAUCAAAGAGAUUCAAUUAUUCAGUUUUGUACAAUAAAAACAAUUAAAACUGCCAAA